UGAGCAAAUCUUUGUUCAGCUGAUGAGCUCUGUUAACAGCAAACAGGCCAAGGUUAAGGAACUCAUCAGAGAAAAAUGUACAGCUUUCGCCAGCAUGACGGAAAAAAUCUUAAUCAAACUGGACCUAGAAGUCACAGAUCUGAAGAAAAUGAAUACAGAGCUGGAAAACCUUUCAAAGACUGAUGACAACAUCGGUUUUGUACAGAGUUUCCAGUCCCUGUGUGACACGCUUGAGGCCUGGGAGCCUCUGAGUGUCUCUGUCCUCUCCGGCAGCUCCUUCAAUCCUGUGAGAGAGGUUUUGCUGAAACUGCAGGAGCUGGCUGAGGGCAUCUUCACUGCAGAGCUGCAGAACAUCAUCACCGCCGUCAACAUGAUCCCGAUGCCCAGCCUGCCAGAUCCCACACCGACGAAACGCGCUGACUUCUGUAAAUAUUUCUACGGUCUUACACUGGACAUCAAGACAGCAUCCAGCAGACUCACUAUAUCCGAACUGAACACAAAAGUGGCGUAUGAAGACAAUGGAGAAUCAAAGCAGCUAUUUAGCACUGGAGGAUUUCAUUUUGCAAUUCCUAGAGCAGCUGUUUUGGAAAAACCAGCAGCAUUUAGCUUUGGUCCACUUUUACCUCAAACUUCUAGCCCAUCUGUCUUCGGGCCACUUUCCUCUUCGUCAUCAGGAAUACAGGCUUCCAAUAAUUCUACUAGUAAUCCCGAGAAAUUUGAUUCAGUCAAUCAGGUUGUUUGUGCGCAGGGUUUGUCUGCAGCUCGCUACUACUGGGAGUGUGAAUGGAAAGGAGAGAAUAUUGGUCUUGGUGUGGUUUAUAAAGGGAUCAGCAGGAAAGGAACAGACAUGUCUUGCGUUCUUGGGUUAAAUGAAAAGUCUUGGUGUUUGCAGUGGGAUGGCUCUUGUUAUGUUGCCUUACACAAUGGCAAAAGAGAGGUCAUAAAGGCCCCCUAUUGCUCUCAGAUAGGAGUGUACCUUAACUCUCCUGCAGGCAUUCUGUCAUUCUACAGACUAGCUGACACACCGAUCCUUCUGCACAAAUUCAAACACACAUUUACAGAGCCUCUGUAUCCUGCAUUUCACCUGCCUAAGAUCAGAUCUUCAGUCAAAAUAUGCCCAGUUAUAGUUUCUUGAGUACUGCAUAACAAAAAUCAAAAUACCUUUUGUAACAUUUUAGGAGCUGCAAAAUAAGUUUUAAAAAUUGAGUGAUAAAUUAUGCGAUUAAAAGAAAUAAAGUGAUUUGCAUAAAAGUGUUAACUACCAAGUUAAAGACAUUAUUAAUUACACUUUUAUAAUAAGAACUUAAUUUAUAUCAUGAACGAUUGAUGCAGAUUCUGUAUGCAUGCAUAAAUGUAAUUUGUCACUUUUACUACAUUUAAUUUAAAAAUUAAAUUCAAAAUGUUUAAGUUUUAAUUAUUUUAAGAAUUAAAACAGCAUGAUCAGUCGUGGUUCUUGGAGGACUAGGUCUCUGCAGGCUUCUGUUCCAUCCUGACAAAUCUCAAACUGCUUUCAUUGGACCAAUUUAACAGCUUCCUCAGGAGCUGCUGUUUUAAAGAGACCAAGAUAACCUGCAGACACAAUCCAGGUCGGAUUGUGGACGUUGUAAAGCUAAUGCUAAGAGAAAAUGAAUGCAUAAAAUGAAUAUUGCUGUUACUCUGUCUGAAGAUGAUAUAAAAGUAAAAUUGUUGAUUGUAAAUUAAAAACGUUUCACUGUGGAAUUGUUAAAACAAUUUAAGAAAUCAAAUUCAAAAUGUUAUUCAACCAUUUAAAAUAGGAGAGCAAUCCCUGGGCUUUAGAUAAGGUUACAAGUGCAGUUUGUAACUGCAGUUCCAAUUUUGACAGUCUAGCUUGGGGCAGUAGUGUGGAGCUCAUUAACUCAAGGGAAAAUGGAAAGGUUAGGAUAGCAGAUGGCAAGAAUCUAAUAAUGUUAAUGAUGUUAAGCAUAUUUGCCUUAUUAUCAGUAAAUAAAACUCAAAUGUG